CACAGCGAAAAACCCGUUUCAAGUGAGCGAAAAUGCUACACUUUUAAGUGACAGGUGACAAAAGAAAAAAAAAACAAUAAGAAAACGACAAAGGAGAUUCGGACGCCAUAUUGGAAAGUUUUUCGAAAUGAUUCGAUUCCGGCUACUUAUCGUUGGUUUGCUGCUCUGGCUUGCCGAAGGCAAGCGGGAAAUCCCAGUGGGAGCCAUCUUCCACGGGGACAACUACGAAGCGGAAAUCGCCUUCCGAUAUGCCAUCGAGCGGGUCAACAUGCACGAGAAACACUUCGAGCUGACCCCUUUGAUCCGGUACGUGUCUCCCGAGGAUAGCUACAAGACGGAGCGGAAAGUUUGCGAGCUGGCCUCCGAGGGCGUAACGGCCAUCUUCGGUCCUAGCUCGAUGAUGACCUCCGGUAUCGUGAGCUCAAUCUGCAAGACUAUCGAAAUUCCGCACAUCAUAACCCACUGGGAUCCGGAACCGUUCGGUGGCUGGGAUCCGGAACUGCAAGCGAUGACCAUCAACCUCUAUCCGGAUGCGGACGUCCUGUCGAGGGCCUUGCGCGAUCUGAUCGUAGACUACAGUUGGAAAAGCUUCACGAUCAUCUACGACAGUGACGAAGGUCUGAUGCGUUUGAAAGACAUCCUGCAGAUCCAUGGACCGGGCAAUAGUCCGAUUACGGUGCGGCAGAUCGACGAUGACCCGGACUACAGGCCGCUGUUGAAGGAUAUCCAGUCGUCUGGUGAGAGUCACAUCAUUCUGGAGGUACAUCCGGACAAGAUCCUGGAGAUUCUUCGCCAAGCAAAGGAGGUCAAGAUGUUGGAGGAGUACCAGAGCUAUAUUAUCACUUCGCUGGAUGCUCACACGUUGGAUUUCGAAGAAUUGAAGUACUCCCGAUCGAACAUAACCACACUGCGGCUGAUGGAUACGAAGAGCUUCGACAUCAAGAAUGCGGUCCACGAUUGGGAACAGGGUGAGGCCAGGAUGAAAAAAGUUUUCCGAGUUUCACCAGAACAUGUUCAGACGGAAUCAGCAUUGUACAACGACGCCGUGAAGAUCUACGCAACGGCUAUCAGGGAACUGGACGCUACGGAUGAGAUCACCCCGUCCAGGUUGUCUUGCGGCAGCAAGAACCUCCGACAGUGGCCGUUUGGAUUACGGAUCGUAAACUAUAUGAAAGUUAAAACUGAACACGGAAUAACAGGACCAAUCAUUUUCGACGACAACGGUCGGCGAACGCACUUCCAUUUGGACAUUAUCGAACUGAAUCAGCAGGAGGUAUUCAAGAAGAUAGCCAUUUGGGACCCGACAAAUGGAAUCAACUACACCCGUAGUCAGGAAGACGUCCAUUUGCAGAUCGUUGAAUCGCUGCAAAACAAAACCUUCAUCGUCGCUUCCCGUAUUGGUGCUCCGUUCCUGGUGUGGAAGGAGAAGAAGGAAGGUGAAUACUUGGAGGGCAACAAUCGCUUCGAAGGCUUCUCGUUGGAGCUGAUCGAUGGCAUUUCCAAGAUCUUGGGUUUCCAAUACCGCAUGGAGCUUGUCCCGGACGGCAAGUAUGGAUCAUACAACAAGCAAACGAAAAAGUGGGACGGCCUGGUGAAGUAUCUGUUGGAUCGGAAAGCUGACCUGGCCGUAUGUGACCUGACCAUCACUUACGAGCGUCGAACGGCUGUGGACUUCACGAUGCCUUUCAUGACCCUCGGUGUCAGCAUCCUGUACGCCAAACCCGUGCCACAACCCAAGGACCUAUUCUCUUUCCUCUCGCCGCUCUCGCUGGACGUGUGGAUCUACAUGGCCACUGCCUACCUUGGUGUCUCCGUCCUGCUGUUCGUCCUUUCCCGCAUGGCUCCAGCUGACUGGGAAAACCCCCACCCCUGCAAGCAGGAAGAAGUCGAAGAAGUGGAAAACAUCUGGAACAUGCUGAACGCUCUCUGGCUCACGAUGGGCUCCAUCAUGGGUCAAGGUUGCGACAUCUUGCCGAAAGCCGUCUCCACUCGCGUCGUUGCCGGAAUGUGGUGGUUCUUUGCACUGAUCAUGCUUUCUUCCUACACGGCCAAUCUGGCGGCGUUCUUGACGAUGGAGCGUAUGGAUGCCACGAUCGAGAGUGCCGAAGAUUUAGCCAAGCAGAGCAAGAUCAAGUAUGGAGCAGUGCUCGGUGGCAGUACGCUGAGUUUCUUCCGUAGCUCGAACUUCUCGACCUACCAACGAAUGUGGGCUGCAAUGGAAUCGACUCGACCGUCGGUGUUCACCAAGAGUAACGAUGAAGGUCGGGACCGAGUGCUGAAAGGACGUGGACUGUACGCUUUCCUGAUGGAGUCAACCUCGCUGGAGUACAUCACCGAGCGGUACUGCGAGCUUACGCAGAUCGGAGGACUACUGGAUUCCAAAGGAUACGGGAUCGCCAUGCCAGUUAACUCACCUUACCGAACUGCCAUCUCGGGAGCGGUGCUCAAAAUGCAGGAGGAAGGUAAACUCCAUCAGCUGAAGACAAGAUGGUGGAAAGAGAUGCACGGUGGAGGUCGGUGCGAUGAACAAGCCACUACAGCUGCGGGAGACAGCGCUGCCGAAUUGGGUAUAGACAACGUCGGUGGUGUCUUCGUGGUAUUGGCCUUCGGGUGUUUCUGUGCGUUCAUCCUGGGCAUAUUGGAGUUUAUGUGGAACGUUCGGAAGGUUGCGGUCGAAGAGAAGGUAACUCCGUGGGAAGCACUGCAGGCGGAACUGAAGUUUGCCCUUAAUCUAUCGAUAACGACCAAACCGGUUCACAACACUCUGAGUGAGUCGUCCUCGGCUAAGAGUUCGAUGCGUUCCAAGUCCGAGUCCAGGCAUGGUUCGGAAUCGGUCAGGCGGAUGCACAACAUCAAAACCGGAACCAGUUUGAUUAAUUUAGACAAGAUUGGGUUUGUUUUCGGUAAUAAAUGAAUGCGUUAAAUUGAUUAAGAAAUGAAGAAUAGCAUUCAGUUCGAAAAGAACGCUAUGGAAUGAAGCUUGCAGCGAUCAUAUCAAGUUGUUUUGCACCGACAUUAGAACAUUGAUGCACUUUUAAGUACGUUGAAGAUAGUUAGAAUCAAUAAACACAGUAUAGAAGCAUAUUUAGAUAUUUAAGAAUGUUUUCGGGAUUCGAUAUGUAUCAUUUCCUGGCUAAAUAGUAACAAAGUAAAUAAAACUGUUUUCGUGCAAGCUUGCCACAAUGGAGCUGU